GCAGGGUGGAGACUCAUGUAAGAGGCUGGUUUCACUCACUGUCACUUCCCCGGUGGCACAGUGUGGACGGCAGCAGCAAUCACAGUCAGACUCUGACUGAACUCUCAACAGCCUUUCAUUCAGGAACAAAAGGGGUCCAGGAUGCUUUACACUGAGUUACUACAGUUGUGGAAUGAGGCGGUGCAGGCUUUGGACGCCAAGGACUGGGAAGGAGCUCUGGCCAAACUGGAGCAGAUCAGUGAACCCACGUCUCGCACUCUGUUCAACGCUGCCUCGGCUCACCUGGCUCUGGGACAGCUGGACCUGGCCCUGAAGGCUUUGGACUACACCAUUGCCAAGGAUGAACGUCUCGCUGUUGGCUUCUUCCAGAGAGCAGCAGUGAUGAUGCAGAUUGACAGGCUGGAAGAGGCGCUGUCAGACUGUAUCUGGGCACAGAAGCACAUGAGAGGAAACAUGGUCAUUGACUACAGACAGCUGGGAUUGCAAUUCAAACUCUACAGCUGGCAGGUGUUAUUUAAUGCAGCAGCUGUGUACUGUCGGAUGGGCCAGUGGGAGCAGGCCAGGGAGGUCCUGGUGUCAGCUUCCCAGGAGAGAGGAGGAGGGGGUCGAGGGGCAAGCAUAGAGGUGGCUAUGGAAAGCGUCCUGAGGCAGGAGGUCCUGGAUCCUAUCCUGGUGCCGGAGGGUGUGGUGUUUCGGCCUAGGAAACAGGAUGUGGAGCAACUGCAGCAAAGGGACUUCCUGGGCAAAGCAAAGGUGAUUUCCUCCAUGAUUCCCAAUGAUGAUUUUGGAGGCUUUGAACCUCUGAGGCUGCAGAAACCUGGUUUCUAUGAGCCCAAGAUGGAUGGAGCUCAGGAUUCUCGAUACAUGCGCAUUCGGAGCCCUUACAUGGCUCGGGGCCCAGGACAGCUGACUUUACCAGGAGGGGCCAUGGUGUUUUUAUUUGGCGAGGAAGACAGGGAUGGGAUGGCAACUGUCAUAUAUGAUGGACAGAGAGGACUUCUGCCAGUGUCCCUGCUUGAACAUGCAGAUGUCAAGACGUCCAAAGGCAAAAAGGAGAAUAGAGUUCCCAGUGGGAUCCCUCUACCACCUGGCCUCAAGCCACCCACUCGCCCAAAGGCCCAGAUCAGCUCUGGAGCUCCCCCUCGGGUACAUUUUACCUCAGACACUCCACCUCCAUCCUACACCACUGCCACCCACGCACCGCUACCAGCCUCUGAGCCUCCCGAGUACACAGCCAACGCAGCCAGCGACCAG